AUGAGUAUAUUCUUAGCUGGUGGACGAUCAGCAACAGUUAGACGUGUUUCAAAAAAUGGUGUUUAUGGAUCAAAUUAUCCAGUACAAUGGUCAGCAUUAAAUACUCAACGUCCUGGAAAUUUAUCUCCAAUGGGUUUACAUCGUGACAGUGCAUCUUCAAUUGCUAUACGUCGUGAUAGUACAUCUCUAAUGAGUCGACGUCGUGCAUUGGAUUUAUAUGGUACGAGAGAUGUUGUAUUUACACAUGCACAAGUGAAAAAAGCAAAAUUAUCGAAUGGCAGUGCAGCAGGUCUUCAUUCUUUCGGGUGA